CGGGCCGUUGCAAUCUGUUGCGCCGCCGCCCGCGGAAGCCGGCAGAUCCGGGUCUUGUGGCUGAGAGUGACGUGGUCAGUCGAAUCAAAACAGAGGAGGGGAGGAAGCAGCGGUCAGGAGCGGCGGCGGCGGCAGCGACGACUGGAGCAGCUGCAGCGUUCCGGAAGCUUCAGGCGGUCUUUCUGCCGAGGCUUGGUCCCGGCCCCCAUCUUCCCCGCCCUAUCGGUUGUUGUCUGGGCGGAUUUAAACAGUCAAGUUAAAUCAAGCUGGGUAAUCAUGGCAGAAGGUGGAUUCGAUCCCUGUGAAUGUGUUUGCUCUCAUGAACAUGCGAUGAGAAGGCUGAUCAAUCUGUUGAGGCAGUCCCAGUCCUACUGCACAGACACAGAAUGUCUUCAGGAAUUACCAGGACCCCCUAGUGAUAAUGGCAUCAGUAUUACCAUGAUCUUGAUGGCCUGGAUGGUUAUUGCAGUGAUAUUGUUUCUACUGAGACCUCCUAAUCUAAGAGGAUCCAACCUAACUGGAAAACCAACCAGUCCUCAUAAUGGACAGGAUCCACCAGCCCCACCUGUGGACUAACUUUGUGGAUAUGGGAAGUAAAAAUAGUUAACACCUUGCACGACCAAAUGAACGAAGAUGACCAGAGUACUCUUAACCCCAUUAGAACUGUUUUUUCUUUUGCAUCUGCAAUAUGGGAUGGUAUUGUUUUCAUGAGCUUCUAGAAAUUUCACUUGCAAGCUUAUUUUUGCUUCCUGUGUUAUAUCACCUUUCCUAUAUUUGAGUAAAUGAUACAUUAAAAAGUUACAUGGGGCUUUUUUGGUUAUCCUAAAUGUAAACAUUCCAUUCAUUCUGUUUGUAACUGUGAUCAUACUUUUUGUGAUAAUUUCUGGCCUGAUUGAAGGAAAUUUGAGAUCUCUACAUUUAAAUAUUUUAAAUAGUUUUGAUGGGUUUAAAGAUUUUUUUUAAUAAGGUAUUUAUAAAGUUAUUUGGGGUUAUCUGAGAUUGUAUGAAAGAAAAUUAGAACCACAUUGUAUUUACACUUAACUUUGGUAGUUUAUUUGUGGAUGGCAGUUUUUUCUAGUUCUUGGGACUGUGACAGCCUUUGGAAUAUUUUACAAGUUACAGCUGAAAUCUGUAUCAUCCACUACAGCUGGCUUAUGUGGCAAAGAAAAGGAGGAAAGAAGAAAUGAACUAAUUGUUUACUAAGUUUUUAUUCCCAUAAACAUGUCUAAUAUAAGAAAACUUAAACAUGAUUUAAAUAUGGUGGA